AUGGACGCUAACGGAAAUAUGGUUCCUAUGUUAAUUAAGGAUUUAAAGGCUUACGAGGACGAUAUGUGGCUGCCCCACACAGAAUACGGGCCUCGCAUAAGCAAUGGGCUGGUCCCUUACUGGUCUGAUGAUUUGUGGGAGGAUGUGAUAACAGAAGAUUUCGGAAGCAAGACCUACUGCACUGCCCCAGGGCAAUACCUGGGAGUAACGCAAGAUCAGACCGAGCCUGCUUCGAUAACACUGUGUCCCGUGAGCUUUAAAACCCCCCAGGCUAUCGAUGGUCUUGGAAGCAAAAUACCCAAAAGGGGCCAGUCGGUCGAUGAGUUCCUUCCGCUAAACGGAACUUUCUCCCAUGAGAUUUUCCAUCUCGUCAUGGGAGUGCACCGCACUCCCGAUGCCACAUACGAGUGGAAGAAAAUUACCGCCUUGCUGAAAAAGGCGGUUAUCGAUAAAGAAUCGGACGACCCUAAAGUACAACUUCUGACCAACGGGGAAAGCAUUCGCCAGAACCCUGAGACAUAUGUCUUCUUCAGCGUUGGGUACUGGUAUUUCCUGCAGACCCAAUGGAUCACUGACCCAAAUGAACGAUGGAGUUUCCAGAGCGGCUCAGCCGCGAAGCCUAAGUUAUCCUAA